AUGGACGAGUGGGAAAAGCCAUUCGAAGCCCUUUUGGAACGGAUUUCACCGGAUUUAGUAAUCCACGAUAUGACACAGUACUGGGUUUCUCCCAUUGCCGCCAAAAUGGGCAUUCCCACCAUAUUUUUCGUCAUAACGUCUGCCUCCAGUACAGGUUUCCUUCUACGCCAAGAAGCCACCGUUGUAGAGAAACGUACAAUAGUCCCAGAUCUGACAGUGCCGCCCCCUGGUUUCCCCUCGGCGCACGUCCGCCAUUUAUCUUUUGGGGCACGGAAGCACAGGAAUAUAUUCCAAAAGAAGGAAGGGCACGUUAAUAUGCCAGAGCGGUGGAGUAUGUGCUUUAAGGGUAGCUGGGUGAUAGCCUUCAAUUCAUGCGUAGAAUUAGAAGGCAAAUACUUGGAAUAUCUAGAAAGAACAACCGGCAGGUCCGUGCUUCCCGUGGGGAUGCAGAUGCCCGAUCUAAUGCCGCCACCGGCAGAUGACCGUUGCUUGGCCUGGCUGGAUGUGCAGAAACCCCAUUCGGUGGUGGUGGUCUCCUUUGGCAGAGAAUGUAUUCUCACCCAGCAAGAGCUCGCUGCCUUGGCACUGGGCCUAGAAGAAAGUAAGCUUCCUUUUCUCUUUGUUCUUCUCCACCAGAUGGCUGCUGCGUUGCCCCACUCUUUUGUAGAGCGCACGCAAAGAAGAGGACUUUUGGUGACGGAGUGGGCUCCUCAGUUACACAUUUUGGCCCAUUCUUCUACAGGAGUGUUCCUCAAUCAUUGCGGUUGGAUCUCAGUGUCUGAAGGAUUGAGGUUUGGGGUGCCAUUUGUUACUCUUCCACUGCAGUACGAACAGGGCUUAAAUGCUAAGCUCAUAGCCCAGGAACUCAAGUUGGGGGUGGAGGUCAGGAGAAAUGAGGAGGAUGAUUAUUUUUCCCAGGAAGACAUCUGUAGAGCUGUUUGCACAUUAAUGGUGGAAGAGGAAGGUAGACAGAUCAGAUCUCGCGUUCAAGAGAUUAGUAGAGACUUGACCAGGAACGAUAGCCAAAUCUAUCGGGCAAACAUCCACAGUUUCGUUUCUCUAAUCAAACAAAAGGCGUCCUGCAAAUAG